GGGCCCCCGGCACCUGCCUGUCCCAAGUGCGGACCCCCGCCCAGCGAGGACACCAGCCAAGGGGAAGUGUGCUCAGGGACAGGCAGUAGUCCCUGCCCCUCACCUCCCUGGUCCACACCCUCAGGCUUCCCGCCCUACUCAAACCUCCCCCAACCCUGGCACGGGGGCGGGGGUGGGGGGGUGGGGGGAGGCGGGGCGAGCCCAGCACCCGAACAAACAAAAGGUGCCGGGACCAGCGGCUCAGAUCUGCCCGGAAGGACCACAGUGAGCACCCAGGGUGGUGUAGGCCGUCCGUGGGCGUGAAGGGAGGCUGGUAGGGCUGCGGGCUGGGCUCUCCCCCACCAGGGCUGCACCCUCCGGAAGCAUGGCUGCCCACCCCGUACUGGGCCUUGCUGCUAUCCUCUGCCUCUCUGUGCCCCAGGCCGGCUCCAUGGUGCGGCAUCGACAGCCGGUCCAGGUGGUGCUGCUGGAACCCCAAGGGAGGGACUGCUCUCAGAUCUGGGUGGAGAAGCCCAGAGCCCCCAGCGGUGUGUACACCAUCCAGCCAGAGGGAGCCAGCGCCCCCUUCCAGGCUUUGUGCGACAUGCGAGAGGACGGUGGCUGGACGGUGAUUCAGAGCCGGGACCGGGGCAGGCGGAGGCGUCUGGACUUUGAGAGAUGCUGGCAGGAGUACAAACAGGGCUUCGGAGACCUGACGGGUGACCACUGGCUGGGGCUGCAGCACAUCUCUGACCUGACUUCCCAGCCGGGCCUGCGCUCAGAGCUCACGGUGGACCUUCUGGAUGCGGACAACCACACGCUUCAGGCCCACUAUGACAACUUCCACGUGGACGGGGAGGACCUGUUUUACCGAUUGACCCUUGGCCUGUACUCUGGGAACGCAGGGGACGCGUUCCGGGGCUUGGGCCGCACGGAUGACCAAGAGGGCUGUGGCUUCAGCACGCUGGACCGCGACCGCGACCACUGCUCACCCUGCACGGACGGCACCCAGCCCUUCACCAGCUGCAGCCGCGAUCGCUCGGGCGCCGGCUGGUGGUACAGCGACUGCGGCCAAGCUGACCUCAACGGGCCGUGGCCGGAGCGCGGAGGGGCCGCCUCGGGCAUGCGCUGGGCCACUGGCAACCACCGGCCCACCCUGCGCGCCAGCGUGCUGCGCGUGCGCACCACUGCUUCCCACAAGGCCUAGGCCCCUCGGUGGCCGAGCCUCAUUAAACGUUCAAGCCCUGC